GUCUUGUCCAACUCGUAUCCGCAGCCAGCCGUCGAAUCGCCGCCCGGGCGCUGAACGGCAGAGGGGUGGAAUGCACGCUACGAUGCAUGCACGGGCCUCUAGACGACAAAGAUUAAGCUAGAAGAGACAGCCAAAGUGCCUCAAGGAGGGAGCCUCCGCUGCCGUGGACCAGUCCCAUUCCGGUUGUCAAGGGACCCGCUCACCUGAUGCGCUCCCACCCGCUGGCCUGCCGUGCGUUAUAAAUGCAGUCGCCGCCCUUGUUCCGUCCUUCUUCACCCAGUCGUCCCCCUCCCUCGAGCCUUUCUUUGUUGUUGUCCACGAGCAGGUCUCGCAAGCCCUUCCUAUUCAUACCAUUCGAAGACACGUUCAUUGCUUUCAAAUCCCUGCUCGUCAAAUCAACCUUCAACAACAAUCAAAAUGCGCUUCUCCCUUGCUGCUGCCGUCCUCCCCGUUCUCGCCGCCUCGGUUUCGGCGCAGACUACCAUCCAGGUCCAAGUCGGUGCUAACAAUGGUCUUACUUACACCCCGGAGAGCGUGAACGCGACUGUCGGCGACACGAUCCAGUUUUUGUUCAUGUCCAAGAACCACACUGUGACCCAGUCCUCCUUCGCCUCCCCAUGCGCCAACCUCUCUACGGGCGGCAUCGACUCCGGCUUCCAGGCUGUCGCUGCUGGUGCUGCGACCGUCCCAUCGUGGUCCUUCACUGUCAAUGACACCAGUGCCCCUCUCUGGUUCUACUGCCGUCAAGUCGGUCACUGCGCUAAGGGAAUGGUCUUCGCUGUCAACCCCACCGCCGCCAAGACGUUCACCGCCUUCCAGGCUGCCGCCAACGCGUCGGGUUCGACCACCACUUCCGCUUCUGGUUCCGCCGCAUCCGGCUCGGCAGCAGCUACUGGCUCCUCCUCUGCGUCCAGCUCUGCGACUUCGCCAUCUGGAUCAGCGACCACCAACGGAGCCAUGGCUCACGGCGCCCGUGCUGGUGCUGUCCUCGCCGCGCUCGGUUUCGCCGCCGGUUUGGUCCUCUAAACCUGCCCCUGCGUAUGGUGUUCGGUAGUUCUGGACAGUGGCCCGUACUUUUUAAUUGCAUCGAACGCGCGUUUUGAUACCUCGGUUUUUUCUUUCGCUGUUGAAGGAUUUGGUUUCGGCGCGGAUUUUUGUCCACGUACUUGCUCCCCCUGCUUUGCUUUCUCUCUUUUGGUAUUGGUACUGGUACUGUACGGAUAGCUGGGCUACGUAGCGACAACGCAAUAGAAACGAUGGGAGCG